AUGGUGUGCAUUGAUGACUCUGGGCAAGUUUCAGCAGUGUCAGUGAAAGCAAGAGGAAGGGACCUUAUAGAGACGACCUACAAGAUUCUCAGUAAAAGAAAGCUCCUCUGUGGCAAAUGUAUGUCCUAUGUAAGAGAGCGAAUAACGGUGAGGGAGCUGCGACCAACGCGAUCCGGUGAUGUUCGUCAGGAUUCACGUCUUAUUCUGCGUUUUCUGCUGUCGAUCUUAGUCGUUAAGACAGGAUGCUGCGGUUUGGAUCCCACAACGGGUCGCGGGAAACAGAUUCACCUGCUGCAGAUUCUCUUGCUGCCCUUCAUCCCCAUCAUGGCGCUUAUAAUCCAGAACUCCAUCAACAUGGUCACAGUCCUCGAGUACCAGUAUGACAUGCAGGAGACCAUCGACCAGGUCCAAAUCAGCACGGGCCUGGGCAACGUGACGGAGGCGCUGCAGUCGGAGCGCGCCGAGAUCGGGUUCUACCUGUUCACCAACGGCUCGGUGAUCCGGGGCAACCUGACGGAGCACUUCGCCUACACCAACAAGCUCCUGGACGAGCUCAAGUGGCCGGUGUUCCGGACGGACCACGAGCUCUUCAACAACAAGAUCCUGUUCCGCAUCCGCCUCGACGACUUCCGGGACAAGAUCACCAAGUUCGACACGCCCUCCGUCGAGGCCGGCAUCGCCUUCUACAACAAGGCUAACUACAUCUUCCUGGACCAGCUGACGAGCGAAAUCAACGAGAAGGACGCGGCGGGCGUGUGGCGGCCGCUGCUCGCCUACAAGAACAUGAUUCGCGCCAUCGAGCACCUGGGCAUCUCCAUGGUGUUUGGGCUGCAGUACUUCGGCCGCGGGGAGCUCAACCAGAAGAGCUACAUCGCCUUCGUCACCAACGACGCCCUCGGAUACGACUUCCUGAACACCAGCCAGAAUUUCGAGUUUUGGAUCACCGACCGAUACAAGAGCCUGCAGGACUCCUACGCCUGGUACGCCAACAUCACUCGACGUCGCCUGGAGGUUCUGGGCAGGACGAAGAUCGACCCUGACUUCGACAAGGCCACCGAGUACUUCUACGCCAUGCUGGGCUACCUGGACGCCCUGCAGAAGAUCCAGUAUGAGAUUCGCAAUCUGAGAUUUUUAAGUUCUUCUCACUUGGAAUUAUUACUGACUUUGAUUUGGCCUUUGGAGUUGUGUUUUGAAGAUAAGUUCUCACAAGUCAACCAGUUGAUGUAG